GCGGCCUCCAGUGCACCGUAUCAGACGUCAUCGCGUAUGGAAGCCAGAGCCCACCAUCUGCCGGUCGCCUGAACCUCCGAAGAGGCACAACAAGCCGACCGGGGCUGAGUGGUCGCCGGCCGGUGUCGGGCUCGGGCCGAAGGGGGUCGUGUUCUCCGAGUAUGGCCACCGAGAACGGGAUACAUUUCUGGAGGAGAAACGCAAAGGUUCCCGGAAGCGUUCAGCCGGUCUACGGAGCGCAGCAUCCUCCUCUCGACCCGCGGCUGAGACGCACGUAUUCCAAAGACUCAAAGCCCAAGUUCAACAACCUCAAGUCCAAAAAGGCCUCCAGCUUCCACGAGUUCGCCCGCAGCACCAAUGACGCCUGGGACCUGGAGGACGAAGAGGAGGAGGAGGAGGAGGAGGAGGUCGGGCCGCCGGCCCACAGCUGCUCCUUCCCCUCGGGCCUCCGCUCCUCGUCUCCUCAGAACCAGGUACGAGGAGUCCCGGUCCCCCCGAGCCGGCCGGGCUCCGAGCGGUGGGAGACGCUCUCGUGUGGUUCCUCUCAGCUCGGGGGCCGAGAGGCCGGGGGGGGCCCUGGACCCGGGCCCCCGGACCCGGAGCUGCAGGACGAGGAGGACGAGCACGUCGACGGGAAGGGGGUCGAGUCCAGCGGGGGCCCCCCCCCCGGCCGCCGCCCCCUGCAGCCCCUCCCGGUCCGGCCCAUCAUCCCCCUGGUGGCCCGCAUGUCGGACCAGAACGCGUCCGGAGCUCCGCCCAUGACGCUGAGGGAGAAGAGCCGGCUGGACAAGUUCAAGCAGCUGCUGGCGAGCCCCCACCCGGAGCUGGACGAACUCCGCAAGCACAGCUGGUCGGGCAUUCCACGAGAGGUCCGGCCAAUCACGUGGAGGCUGCUCUCGGGAUACCUGCCGGCCAAUAAGGAGCGCAGGGAGCUGGUGCUGAAGAGGAAGAGGGAAGAGUACUUUGGGUUCAUCGAGCAGUACUACCACUCCAGAACCGACGAGCACUACAAGGACACGUACAGACAGAUCCACAUCGACAUCCCAAGGACCAACCCUCUGAUCCCCCUCUUCCAGCAGCCCGUCGUACAAGAGGUGUUUGAGCGGAUCCUUUUCAUCUGGGCCAUCCGGCACCCGGCCAGCGGCUACGUGCAGGGCAUCAACGACCUGGUCACGCCCUUCUUCGUGGUCUUCCUCUCCGAGUUCGUCAAAGACGUGGAGAACUUUGAGGUGUCGACUCUUCAUGAGGAAACACAGAGGAACAUCGAGGCAGACAGCUUCUGGUGUAUGAGCAAGCUGCUGGAUGGAAUACAGGACAACUACACCUUUGCUCAGCCUGGAAUCCAGAACAAGGUGAAAGCUCUGGAGGAGCUGGUCAGCAGGAUCGAUGAGGACGUUCACAGUCACUUCCUGCGGCUGGACGUUGAGUAUCUCCAGUUCGCGUUCCGCUGGAUGAACAACCUGCUGAUGAGGGAGCUGCCGCUCCGCUGCACCAUCCGCCUCUGGGACACCUACCAGGCUGAAGCUGAGGGGUUCUCCCACUUCCACCUCUACGUUUGCUCUGCUUUCCUCGUCGAGUGGCGCAAAGAAAUCCUCUCCAUGGUGGACUUCCAGGUACCAACCGGUCCUCUAUGUCAGGGGUCCCCAACCCCUGGGCCUUGGCCCGGUACCGGUCCACGGCUUGGUUGGAACCGGGCCGCGGAAAAAAAGGCCUUCUCAUGCUCCUGCAGAACCUUCCCACAAUCCACUGGGGCAACGAGGAAGUGGGUCUCCUCCUGGCUGAAGCUUACAGGCUGAAGUACAUGUUCGCAGACGCACCGAGCCACUACAGGAGAUAGGCCGGGGCCCAGUCCCCCGGGGCCCAGUCCCCCGGGGCCCAGUCCCCCGGGGCCCAGUCCCCCGGGGCCCAGUCCCCCGGGGCCCAGUCCCCCGGAGCCCAGUCCCCCGGGGCCCAGACUGGGUGGCGGACCCCGUGUCUCUUUGAGGUGCAGGAGACCCCUCCUGUGAAGCCAGGGAGCAUCCCGGGGGCCGGAUGGUCUCCCAUGGAGCCAUGUGGAUCUGGACUGGGGGGACCCGGCAGAGCCUCCAGGUGGACUCCCAUGUGAUGCGCCCCCGCAGGAGAACUCACUGAUGAUGCUUUCACUGACCGGUCCACAGAUUCUACUUCCUUGUUUAAGUUUUGCUGUCGCCAUGCGCCGUGUGAACAGAGUCGGACAAGAUGGCCGCCGUGUGUUGGGUUCAGGGACACCAGGUGUGCUCCGGACAAUCAGCUUCUCCAAGUCCUCCUUUGGGACCAGGACAGAUCUCCUGUAUCAGGAGUCUUUCCUCCGAGCAGCACAUGACCCUGUGGGUCGAGGCCUUCACUGUGAACGUCCCCUCGUCCCCUCGUCAUCUCGUCCCCUCGUCAUCUCGUCCCCUCGUCAUCUCGUCCCCUCG